GAAUGGGGUGUCCAUAACAAGUUGUUCAAUCAGAAACCUUUCCCGGAGAGAAGGGAGUAACCGCGGUGAAAUAUCGGAGUCUCACACCGGGGCAGUCGGAGCGGCUCACUGGGUACGGCGCGUUGUCAAUCAAGGCCAAUUCCUGCGCGCCUCCUCCUCUCCGUAACAGGUUUUCUGGAGUCUGUGGGCAAAGGGCGGGACCGGGCGACUUGAACGCGGGCAGAAGCAGGGCAGCACCGGCGAUCAGCGUGUUUCUCUGCGAGGGAGGGUCGCGAAGAACAUCUGCUCGCGUACUGAGCUGCAAGUUCAGAGGGCUGGUUCCGUCUUCCACUCACUUCUGCGCGCCCCACGGCUGCCGAUUGGGGUGGAAGUGAGUCAAGCGGUGUGCAAAUGUGGGUGGCAUAGGGAAAACGAAAACAAAUACAUAAAAGGAAAAAAAUUGGACCCCAGUAACUGGAAGGAGAACGGAGUAAAACUUGAGUGAGAAAACUGUUGCAGGCCAAGGCAGAGAGAAAUCUUCAAACAGGUGAUUCCCAGAUGUCUGCAGAGCCUCGGAAUUCUCAGAUGCAAGUAAAAAUUCUCCAUCGGCAUUUCAAUUCGUACUCUGCCAUUGUCAGUUCCUGGUUGUGAGCUGUCUCUCCCCACAAAUUCUUUUUGUUCAUUUUGCCGAAGAUUCUUUCCCAGCACUGAAGAUUUCUUGCUGUUCUUCGAUGCCGUUUGAGCCUAAGCUGAUUUAAGUUCCCAAAUGAGAACAACUACAGUUCCCUGAAGAUUGAUAACCUGACGAAUAUUAAUAUGUUUUCCAGCGGCUAGAAAUUUGGAUAAUGUGGGGAUACUGGCUGGCCCCACGAUGCCAAUAACUUCAGAAAGUGCCAAGCUCUUUCUCCCUCUCCUAGAACACUGGCUGGACAUCAGACUGAAGGAAGACCAAGAAACACCCGGACUUCAACUGUGUCAGUCAGCUAUUCAGAUGCUUUGUGAAUACAUUCACCUGAAUUUUGGAGUGGAAGCAGGUGUCAGACAACCACAUCAAAAGGAACAAGACAAUUUUGAAAUUUGUGUCGCUUACUUGAUCAGAGCAGAAGGAGACAAGAAUGAUCUUGGAGUGCGCUUUGGGAAUGUCCCAAUCUAUUUGGAUUCUCCAAGUGAACGCAACAGUAAAAAGAGUAGGAAGAAAAAGAAAGAUAGCAAAGGGCCUAUGUUGGAUGUCGGAUACAUCUGGGUUACAGAAGUGGAAAAGCACAGUCCUGCUGCAAGGUGUGAGAAGAUUAAAAUUCGAGACGAAGUGCUAAUGCUGAACGGACAAUUGAUGGUUGGUGUUGAUGUGACAGGUGCCAGUUACCUGGCUGACCAGUGCUGGAAUGGCGGAUGUGUCUACCUGAUCAUGCUCCGUCGCAUCAAACGCAAAGCUCCUCUUCCUCCUUCCCAUGGCAGCAGCGUUGAAUCCAGGGCAGGCAGCAGCACCUCCGAUCCGAGCAGAAGUCCCCAACAAAAUGGCAAACGGACUCGGAAGUUUGGUGUUGUCUCCCGUUCCUCCCUAAACAGGGACAGCCGGGAGAGCCACGACUCUGAGCAAGAGAAUGGGUAUCACAUGUCUCUGGAACGUGAGUGUUCGAAAGCGGAGCCAAUGGACCCAAACUGCAGUUCCAAAGAUGCUUGUACCACAGCUGAGCAGGACACUGAAAAGCAGCUUGCUAAUGAGACUUCUAGCCUAUCAACAGUACAGAACAGAACAAGAUUUUCAGAAUCUGGGAAAAGGGACUCGAAACAGAGUGAGCACUAUUCUCAGCGGGAAGGCUGCCAGAUCUGGAAAAUGCACAUGGUUAAAGGUUCGGAUGGACUUGGCAUCCAGAUCACAGGGGGCCGGGGAUCCAAACGUUCCCCCUAUGGCAUCAUUAUUACAUCUGUCGAAGAAGGAGGAGCAGCACAAAGGGAUGGAAGACUGAAAUCUGGUGAUGAGCUGCUGAUGAUUAACGGACAGUCCCUGGUUGGACUGUCACACCAAGAGGCAGUGGCUCUGCUUCGGUCGGCAGCAGGACUUGUACAGCUCAUUGUUGCAAGCAGGGAUGAAUCCGAGAUCCACUUCCAGAAGUAUCCCUCCACAAGUUUACCUGAUCUGGUCACGAAUUUUGCAAUGGCCGAUAAUUCCCCCUCCCCUAUGGAAAAUAAAGAAAAUGUAAAGCCAGAAAGCAGCCAUGCCACCACAUCUGACUGCCAUGUAAACCACGGUCAAGAAACUGUUUCAGAAACUACAAAAGGAGAAGAACAUGAAGCAUCUUCACCAUGCUGCCGAAGUCCAGUACCAGGAGGUAGCAUAAUGAAAUUCAGAAGUCGAUCACAAGGUGGAGGGAGCCGCUUGGAAUCUGUAGGAGAAGAUGAUGAGCUGAUGGUGGAGAAUGGUGAGGCGAGUGGUGAAAUGUCAGAAAAGCCACCUCGAGGAGGGCGGAAACACUCCCUUCCCCAGCAGCUUGAUGCAGCGGGAACCAGACAGGAGUAUCAAAUCAUAAAAAAGUCAGCGCGUUCCUUGAGUACGGUUCAAGUGGAAUCGCCGUGGCGACUGGCCCAACCUUCAAUCAUCUCUAACAUCGUUCUAAUGAAAGGACAAGGAAAGGGUCUUGGUUUCAGCAUAGUUGGUGGUCAGGACUCUGCCCGAGGACGGAUGGGAAUAUUUGUUAAAACUAUUUUUCCAAAUGGAGCAGCUGCUGCUGAUGGAAGAUUGAAGGAAGGAGAUGAAAUUCUAGAGGUUAAUGGGGAAUCUCUCCUGGGACUAACUCAUCAACAAGCCAUACAGACCUUUAAGCAACUGAGAAAAGGAGUUGUGACGCUAACUGUUCGUACCAGAUUGCGUAGCCCGAGCCUUACACCGUGUCCCACUCCCACGCUAAUGAGCCGCUCCAGCUCUCCCAAUUCCAAUACCAGCGGUGGAACUCCAAUACCGGGCUCAGAAGAGGGGGAUUAUUCUCGCAAGGGGCCGGGACCAAAGGAUCGAAUCAUAAUGGAGGUGACAUUGAAAAAAGAGCCUGGAGUUGGGUUGGGGAUUGGAGCCUGUUGCCUUACCUUAGAGAAUAGUACACCAGGAAUCUAUAUUCACAGCCUCGCCCCAGGAUCAGUAGCCAAACUGGAUAGCAGAUUGAGCCGAGGGGAUCAAAUUUUAGAAGUGGACUCUGUGAGUCUGCGACAUGCUGCUCUAAGUGAAGCGUAUGCGAUUCUAAGUGAGUGUGGUCCAGGUCCUAUCAGCCUUAUCAUUAGCCGUCAUCCAAACCCGAAGGUUUCAGAACAGGAAAUGGAUGAAGUUAUUUCACGUUCAACUCAUCGGGAGAGCAUAAGCAAAGAUGGACAAUCGUCAUACACCCCAGGGUUAUCAUCAAAGAGUCCAUCACCAAGUGUAAAAUUCAAGCAGGCUGAUGGAUCUUCUCUCAGCUGGACAAUGAAACGCUUUCUGGAGCCCUCAAGCCGUCAAGGCUCUGUGAGUUCAGAAACGGAACUUUCCCAGUACUUUUCCCACGAUGUGCCUGGACAGUCGUCGUUCUCAGAGGCAAUGGCUACAGUUUUUGAUGAUGAACUACUGAGGCAAAAAAGAAUAAACAACUCAUUGGAUGAUAACUCUGGCCCCUCAGUGCUGAAAGAAACUACCGUAUCUAACUCAGCCGAGGCCUCUGUCACUCUCCGCGGUGGGAAGGCCACUGCACCUCACAGCAGACACGUGGAAGUUGCCCAUCAGUCCAGCCUGAACGGGAGUCCCAAAUCAAUCCGAAGCCCCCUGCUACGUCAAAGGAGGGUCAUUUGCUAUGAUGACAUCAGUGACGAGGAGGAUUUGGUGAAAGUUGAUGAAAGCAUACACCUGAAAAUGUCACAAAGGGACCCAGCGCGGAAGAUACCCGAAGGCGAUUCAGACAUCAUCAUAGCCACCUCUUCUGUUGAAGUUGACGAUGAGAGUCAAGAUGGUGAAUUACAGAGAAAUAUCAGCAGUGAAGGUGCCACAUCCGUUUACGGCAGCUCAUUGGAGUCUGAGGACAGCUCAAUGGAGCAGAUGGUUGACUCCCCUUUCAUGCCGCUCAAGUUCUUCGAGUCUUCCAGCUCCACUGAGACUAACCACAGCAACCUUGGUGUGAAAGAGGCCCAGCUGGAGUCUAAGCGUUCACCCAAACUUGAACACAAAGCAGUCACCAGGGUGAAGAGCAUGAUGAGCAUCGAGUGCCCCCCCAACCUCCCGCGGCAGAAGAAUGAAGAGCCCCAUUCUCCCUCCAGCAAGCACGUUGCAAGACCACUGCCCCACAGCAAAAAGAUUGAAUCUGCAGAUGCCUCAGGGCUGCACCAUACAGAAACCGUACACCUCUCGCGCAAGCCGUCAGAGUCAUUCGGAUUGGAUUUGGAAAUUAAGACUUCUCCGCUGAGGAUUCUGGUAACCAGUUUACAACCAGGUGGAGUUGCUGAGAGAGAAUCUAAAGGAAAGCUUGGUCCUGGAGAUGAAGUUGUCCUCGUUAAUAGCAUGCCUGUCUGCAACUUGUCUUACCAAGAGACCUGCAGCUUUAUGAAUGACCUCCCAACCUCCAUCACACUGGAAGUACUGAAACCUGUAUCUGCUGUAGACAGAUUAUCCAGCAUCAUCUCAUCCGCCUCAGCAGAUGUGCCUGAGAACUCUGAAAGUGACCAGAAUCUAAACACUGGUGGAAGCUGUGAGGAGAAGGAAGUGGGCUUGCUCCAGAACCACUGUACAAGAGAAACCCAGGGAAAACUUGGUGGAGAUCCUGUGGAGAAGAAGCAGGAAAAGUCACAGACUUCUCACCGUAACGGGAACGAAUGUGACCUCCCCGUGAUGGAUGUUUAUGACAUCGUCAAUGACCUCAAUUCCACUGAGGAAGAAACGACAGGUACAUCGUCUCCAAAUUCAAAAAUGGAUCAAGGUGUGAAAACUGCAGAUUCAAUAAAAGCUAUCAACACCAGAAAUGAUGUCAGCAAUAAAAGUGAGUCCAUAAAGAGUAUCAAACAGGAUGCUCUCAAUUAUUCUGUUCUGAAUUCAGUCAACACGGGCAAAGUAUUUUCAGUGAGCAAAGCUUGCCUGGCUAACUACUCCAGAAAUAUGAGUACUGAGAGAGAGGAAACGUCAUUAAGUUCAACAGGUUUCACAGAAAAUAAUAAACAACAAUCCAUGUAUGCUGCUGCCGUGGAUUCUGAUUCAGAAACAGAAUCUUCUGAUAGCCCUCAGGUCUCCCGGAAUAACGUGGUAAUGUCUUUCCCUGCAGUGGCUGGCUUCAGUCAUUGUGAAAAUCUUAGUGUCGCAGAUUCAGACACUGAAGAGGUUGAAAUCUGCUACCCACCCAGUGAUCGAGCUACUAGCACGGAACACUCUGCACCUCUUCUACCUAAGCUAAAUAAGAGCCAUUUGCCCCUGAAUAAGGACAUAGCAGAGACAAGUAGAGUGACAUCACCGGUGGUGGGAAAAACACACUCACAUCUAUCCUUUACAUCCCACAAUAGUGCAGAGACCUUAACCUCUUCCUCACUGCCUUGUAAUUUUGAUGAGAACGUAAUGGAGACUGCUGGACCCCUGCCAUGUUCAGUCACUGUCAGGCCUUCCAAACAGAUCGAAUUUGAAAGCAAUACCUUUCAUACUACUAUGGACAUAAAUGAUUCGCAAAUGGAAAUUCAGGAAUUUGAUGUAACUUCCAAGCAGUGUCCUCCAGCAAACAUAAAUCACACUGCAGAAGGUACAAAUGUAAAAAGGAAUCAUAAUCAAGAGUUGAACAAAGACCAUUCUAAUGGAAAAGUUGCCGGAGAAUUGGUUGAAGUGGAAGACCACCACAAUGAUUCUGCCUUUUCAGAGUUGGGAAGAACAGACCAUGAAUUUCCCUCUUCAUUAGAUGCCUCAGAUCAUACCAAGAAAGCAGAACUUGCCAAUACAAGUCUACAGUCUCAGCAUCCAGUGCUCAAUCCUAAGCUGUCUUCUACAAACAAGUCUAACUCAGAACCUGCUGAUACAGCUUCUUCCGUAACUCAUAUCAGAAAGGAGAGACAAGCUUUGUCCAAUUUUAGUCCCCAGCUGCAAAGGCAUUCACUUAAUCUUCACAAACAAUGUUCGGCAACUCAAAAUAUGAAAUAUAAGGGGCAGAGUGAAAGUGGACAACCAUCUCAACUGUACACCAGAGCUAAGUUUCAGGACAAAACCCAUAAGUUCCAUUCUGCACCAAAACUGAAAGGACUUAGCAUUAAAAGCAAAAAUAAACCUCAGUCCGAAACUAGUGAGAAGAAUGUAUCAAUGUCGGAUGGAUCCAAAAAUUUGGAGGCAACAGAAAUAUGUCCUGAAAAUUCAUCGGAUGUUGAUCAGCCAACAUCAAAGCAUUUAACCAAAAGAGCAUCAUUAAUGUGUAACCUAAGAACAAAUAAGCAGGAUGAGAAAAAACAAUCUGAAACGAAGCAAGAGAGGGAAACGAAUAAAGAUCCCGCUCACUCUUCAGAACAGAUUUUGAUGCACUUGGCAACAGACACCAGUCUCCAAACAAGGCAGCAAAUUAAUUUAUCUGAUGUCACUAAAACUGAUUUCAGCAAUGAAAAGCAAAAACAAGGUUUAAAAAAUGAAUCUAAACAUCAACGGGAAGUCAAAUUACAAAUAACAUUGGAUCAGAAUCUCAACGAUGAAGCUCCUAAUGAAAUACACAAGGUUAUCGAGAAAAAUGGGUGGAUUAAAAGUUCUCACAAGUCACUUGGGGAAUCAGGGAUUUAUGAUGGUGAAGAGAAGGCAUCUGUGACUGAAUCAAUGCGUUGUGACAAGGAAAGCUUGGCCAACAAAACCUUGGGGAAAUUGUCACUCAAAGCACCAAAAUUAGAAGAAACGUUAGUGGACAAAAAGCCUGAGGAGCAAUUGAAACCUACUGAAUCUAAACCAUUGAAAGACGUUCCUAUAAACACUUUGUGCAAUAAAGUUGAAGAUGAUCAAGAAUGCACAACAUCACAACGUAGCUUUAUAGAGUUAAAACUAACAUCACCUUCAUUUGAGCGGAAAGAUGUUAAGAGCAUUGCUACUUCUUCAGAACUCUUACAUAAUAAGCCACCUAAAUUCCCCUUAAUACUGGAUAAUGCUGAAAAGCCAAAGAAAGCCCCGAAACCGCCUGUGAAGUUGGAGCAGAAACCAGACAAACUAAGUAGUGAGGAUUCAAAUGAGGUUAAAUGCCCACCUGAUCAUGCAGUCAAAGCUUCUCAAAAAAAUAUUCCAUUGCUUGAAAAACAGGCGAAGUCAUUUGAGACUUUGCAAUUACACGCUACUGUUAAAAGUUCAGAAAAUGUUCAACUGAAAGUCGAAGGAACUGGAAGCUUAAGAAAAUCUUUGAGUGAAGAGAAACACACCAGCACAGAUUUUUUCUUCUAUCAUAGGGACAAGGGCAAGUCAAGUAUGGGAAGUUUUAUCAAUGAGCUGAAUUAUCCCCCCGAGAAUGGUUCCUUUUCUGUUAGGCAGAGAAUUAAGUCUUUUGAAAGCCUUGCUAGCUUUGACAAACCUGUAAUCAGGAAAGUAGACACACAUUUGUCAGACUCAUCAUUUGUUAAUGGUAAUGCAUAUUCCUCAGCUAAGCCCGCAGUAGGAAGGCGAAUAUCAGGGAGUGCAAUAAAUUUAAUGACAUCCAGUGCUUCACUGGGUCAAGAUUUUGAUACAUCUCGUGUAUUGAGGCGUAGUUUGAGUAAUUACACUGAAAGCACCUCUGAAGUUGCAUUUACAUCAUUGCCAUUGGAAAAGGCUCCAUCGAGCUUAGCUUUACAAAGCUUUGAAACAAAUUGUUCUGAAAGUAUUACCAAGGAGCUUAAAAAGACCAAUGAAUGUGAUAACAGCAAUGAAAAGUCUCAAGAGCAGGAUUUCAAUGCAAGCAAAGUUAACAAUAGUAAAAAUCGGUCGUCAGUCAAACACCGACCAAAUUCUUUGAAUCGCUCCAAACUACGGGAGCUUAGAGCACUAAGCAUGCCAGAUCUGGAUAAACUGUGCAAUGAUUAUUCUACUGGUCCAAUGACCCAUACAUUUAAAACUGAACUGGAGAUUAAGCCAAGGAAGUCUAAUGGUCCUGCUGCAGCUGAAAGCCUCACAAAUAUUUCCUCUGGAACCUCUAAUGGGUCUGGUUUAGGGAAAAUUUAUAGAUCUGGUAUUUCAAGUACGAGGUCAAAGAGCAGCUGGAAAAGCAGCACUGGAACACUGGAUUCUUGGUCUGAUGAUGAAUUGACAAACAGCAAGAAUUUGUCUGAAAAUAAAGAGAGAAGUUGGUCUAUGAGUCUUGAAGAUCUAUCACACUCCAUCCCGGAGAAGCAAAAAGCACAGGCGGUUUUGUCCUCACUAAUGGCUAAAGCAGAUAUCACAAAAAUAAUCCAAGAAGCCAAGAAUGUAGCUGAGAAUAAGAGAGACGUUUAUAUCAUUGUACUGGACAAAGAUGAAGGUGCAGGAUUGGGCUUUAGUGUCGCAGGUGGUGUGGACCAGGAACAAAAAUCUGUAACCAUUCACAAAGUAUUUUUAAGAGGAGUUGCAGCACAAGAAGGCACGAUUCAGAGGGGCGAUUACAUCUUAUCUAUCAAUGGGACCUCCUUAAUGGACACGACACACGGAGAUACACUCAAUGUACUUCACCAGGCCCGCAUACAUAAACAGGCCAUCGUUGUAAUUAAAAAGGGAAAGGAAAGGGAAGAGACUUCAUCCAAAGCACAGUCAUCACUUUCUAAAGAAAAGCAUCUUCCAGCUCGAGGAGAUACCAUGUUAAAGGAAGCAAGGACAGGCUGGAAAGUGGACCUCAGGGGAGCAACCACUGUGGAGCUGCUGAAGACCUCAGCUGGCCUUGGAUUUAGUCUUGAUGGUGGGAAGGCAUCAAUCCAUGGAGACAGACCACUUUAUAUUAAAAGAAUAUUUCAAGGGGGGAUUUCUGAGCAGAGUGGAAAGAUCGAUGUUGGUGAUGAAUUGCUCGCAAUCAAUGGCAAAUUCUUGCACGGCCUCAUGCACUACGAUGCUUGGAACAUCAUCAAGUCUGUUCCUGAAGGACCCGUUCAGUUACUUAUCCGGAAAGUUAAAUCCGUUUAAGGACUACAAUCUAAAUGGAACACUAGAUGUCCAGUUGUAUCACUAGACCAAAAUGAUGUGGUAACCUACAUUGUUGGUAGAUUUUAAAGUUUCAACAGCAUUACCUCUGACUUUCUUUUCCUUAAGUCAUGACAAUUAGAAAGGUAAAGACAAGGAUUUUGGCAAAAUUGUAAAUGAGUCAUUUAGAAUGAGAUCUGCUAUUCAAGAAUUUAAGGAAAAGAGUCUUCUCUUGAUCAUUCAUUGUACUUCAUAGCAGACAAUGUUCAACUGAUAUUCAAACAACCCUAAAGUAAAUGAACUCAUUUUCAGUCAGCUCUGCACUGGCAGAUGUACUAACUAUUGCUCAUUGAGAAAUCCAUGGUAAAAACUCCUCAAUUUAGCCAAUUCAAUUGAGCAUAGAUACGGAAUGGCAAAGAGUUCAAAACUUAAGGGCUUUCAAAUGCGUGCAGGUGUGCUACUGAAUCAGAAUCAGGUUUAUUAUCACUGACAUAUGCCGUGAAAUGUGUUGUUUUGCAGCAGCAGUACAGUGCAAUACAUAAAUAUUACUGUAAAUUACAAUGAGAAAUAUUAGAAAAAAAUAGUGCAAAAACAGAGCAAAGUAGUGAGAUAGUGUGCACGGACCAUUCAGAAAUCUGAUGGCAGAGGGGCAGAAGCUGUUUUUACAUGUUGAGUGUGUAUUUUCAGGAUCUUGUACCUUAUCAUUGGCAGUACUGAGAAGAGGGUAUGUUGUGAACCAUGAGUUUCCUUCAUGAUGGAUGUCUCAUUCUUGAGGCAUUAACUUUUGAAGAUCAAAGUCAAAUUAAUUGUCAAAGAACAUAUAUGUCACUUGCCAGCUGGUGUCAUCAGUGCCAGACUUUGGAGUGCAGGCUCGCGAGUUCGAAUCCAGCCAGCUCCCUUGCACACAUUCCAUCUGUGCAGGGUUGAGCGCCGAGCUAGCAACUCAGCCUCAUAAAAAUAAGAAAGCCUGCUGAAAAAAACGCCGUCGCAAUGGCGUUCCAAUGACUCCACUUUCUUCUCCUUCUUCAUAUAUGUCACUGCAAUCAAAAUCAGGUUUAAUAUCACUGGCAUUUGUAGUUCUGCAGCAGCAGUAAAUUGCAAUGCAAUUUUUUUUUAAACUGUAAAUAACAAUAAAAUAUAAAAUUAAAUUGAUGGGGCAGCACAAUAGCACAACACUUUACAGUACCAGCGAUCUGGCUUCCUGCCAUUGUCCGUAAGGAGUUUGUACAUUCUCCCCGUGAACACGCGGGUUUCCUCCGGGUGCUCCAGUUCCCUCCCAUAGUUCAAAGAUGUACAGGUUGGCCAUUGCAAAUUGUCUCGUGAUUAGGGUAGGAUUAAAUUGGGGGAUUACUGGGCGGCGUGGCUCGAAGGGCGGGGAGGGCCUAUCCCGCACGGUAUCUCAAUAAAUAACUAAGUAGUGCAAACAAAAAUAGUGAGGUUAGUAAAUAGUGAGGUUCAUGGGUUCAUUGUCUAUUCAGCAAUCUGAUAGUGGAGGGGGAGAAGCUGCUCCUGAAAUGUUGAGUGUGUGUGUCUUCAGGGUCUUGUAUCUCCUCCUUGGUGGUGGUGAAGAGAAGAGAGCCUAUCCUGGGUGAUGAGGAGUCUUAAUGAUGGCUGCUGCCUUCCUGAGGCAUUACCAUAUACGUACUGCCUUGAGAUACGUUUUCUUGCAGGCACUCAGUCCUUUAUGACGGGGAAAUUUUUGCCAAUGAUGGAGCUGUCUGUGCUAAACUGGUUUAAACAAGUUAAACUGGUGUUUUAACUAGCUAAAACUGCUCAAUUUAAAAACAGAGCGUCGUGCUGUUUGUUUAAAACUGUUUGCUCAUACAGAGCCAACCCAUCAGGUUCUUGAGAAGGAAGGGCAUCAUAGGUUACAGGGAAAAGGCAGGAGAAUGGGGUUGAGAGGGAAAAUACCUUAGCCAUGAUGGAAUGGCAUAGCAGAUUUGAUGGGGGGGAUGCCCUAGUUCUGAUUCAUUAACUAGACUCCUGAUUUAUAACACUACUCAAAUCAGAGAAAGCAGAAUUAGAGCGUUCAUUUUAGGACUAUGAUUCCAGAUUCCAUUAAUGAGUCAGACGAUCUGCUCAGCUGAGGUAAUAACAGUUGUUUAGCUCACAUUAUGAGAGUGCUGAGCCUGCCACAGAGAAUUGAAUUGGUUCCAAUAAUUUUCAGGCCCUUUACGCCCAAAGAAAUUCCGCUUUGCUACACCCAAAGAACAAAUGUCACCAGUCAGUUACGAAAUAACAGAUAAAGUUGAGACUUUGUGCCUAGGAACCAGUAUCCAGGAACUAUUCUAAAGCAAUAUUCACCCAUUUUUUGACCAAAGGUUGUCAUACGACAUGUCCCACAGACAGAAAUAUGGUUGCACAGUUUGGAAGAAUUUAAGGUUUGAGGAUUUGAUUUUAUCUACAUAAGCAUUACUCCCGCUCAAUCAUUGUAGGCACUGAACCUUGUACGAGUUGAGCAUAUGUUGUGGUGCAGAUUGUGGAGGAAUGGUAACACGUUCCAGCUGCAGCUGUUCCUUGCCUCCGGGUUUAUUCAGUAUGUAAAUCAAACAGCACUCAGUGAUAACAGAGCAGCCUAUUAUAACUUCACCUUCCCUUUUGCCGAAAAUAAUAAUUAGGUGCUUAUCAUUACCAAUUUGUAAAUUCACUCCAUUGAUUUCAUCAGUCAUUACGUCAAAAUGCAAAGCUGCCUUUUUGAAUAAAUGCAAAAGAUUCUACAGAUGUUGAAAUUCCAGAGUAACACCCACAAAAAGAGCUGGAGAAACUCAGCGAUUCAGUAAGUAUCUGUGGAGAGGAAUAAACUAUUGACAUCUCUGGCCAAGACCUUUCAUGGACCCCAGUCAGGUCCGACCAAACUGACAAGUUAACCUUUAUGGAUUCCUGCACAAAAACUCCCAAGUUCGUUUGCACCUCUGUUUUUUUUAAUUUUCUGCCCAUUUAGAAAAUAGUCUAAGCUUUCAUUUCCCUUUUCUCACUGUAAUGCUGGAACACCGGACUUUAGCUUCCCCUCUCAAGCUGCAGGGUGAAAUCUGUCAUAUUAUGAUCACUAAGGGUCUAAGGGUACCUUUACCUUAAGCUCCCUAAUCAAAUCUAAUUCAUUACACAACACCAGAAUUGCCUUUUUUCUAGUCGGCUCAACCACAAGCUGUACUGAAAAGCCAUCUUGUAGGCAUUCUACAAAUUCCUUCUUUUGGGAUCCAGCACCAAACAAAUUUUCCCAGUCUACCUGCAUAUUGAAAUCCCCAUGACUACCAUAACACUUUUAUAUGCCUUUUCUAUCUCACAUUGUAAUUUAUAUCCGACAUCCUGGCCAUUGCUGGGAGGCCUGUAUAUAACUCCCAUCAGGGUCUUUUCACCCUUGCAGUUUCUUAAUUCUACCCCCACAAGUAUUCUACAUCUUCUGAUCCUAUGUCACCUCUUUCUUUGCUUUCAUUUCUUACCAACAGAGCCACCCCAUGCCCUCUGCUUACUGCCUGUCCUUCCAUUGCAAUGUAUAUCCUUGGAUGUUAAACUCCCAACUAUGAUCUUCUUUCAGCCACGACUCUGAUGCCCACAACGUCGCACCUGCCGAUCUCUAACUGCACUGUGAGAUCGUCUACCUUAUUCCAUACACGGCAUGCAUUCAAAGAUGAUGCCAUGAUAGCAGAGCGGUUAGCAUGGCACUGUUACAGCUUGGGGCAUUGGAGCUCGAUUCCAGUGUCAUCUGUAAGGAGUCUGUCUGGCCUCUGCAGGGAAUGUGUGGGUUUUCCCCAGGCAUUUCAGUUUCCUCCAACAGUGCAAAGACAUACCAGUAGACCAGAGUGUGAUUAUAAAUUGUCCCAUUAUUAGGUUAGUGUUAAAUCAGGGGUUGUUGGGCAUCGCAGCUCUAAGAGAUAGAGGGACCUAUUCCACGCUCUAUUGCUAAAUAAAUAUAACGCCUUCAGUCCUUCAUUCAUCACCCUUUAUGAAUUUUUGCCACUGAUUGCAAUUUUGCCCUAUCAUCUGCCUCUUCUUCCUCACGAUCUGACUGUACACUGCAUCUAUUUUUAUACCAACUGUCCCAUCGUAGGUCUGUCACGCCAGUUUCCAUCCCCCAGCCAAACUAGUUUAAACUCUCCCCAGCAGUUCUAACAAACCUUCCCUACCCCUCAGUUUGAAGUGUAAUACAUCCUUUAUGGUACCGGUCAUAAUGUUCCCCAGAAGCCGUUCCAGUGAUCCCGAAAUAGGAAACCCUUCCCCUGCACUGAUUCUUCAGCCUUGCCUUCAUGUGCAAAUUAUCCUGUUCUUACCCUCACUGGCACACGGCAUGGCAGCAAUCCAGAGGUCACUACCCUGGAGGUCCUGCAUUUCAGUCUUCUACCUAACUCCCUAUAUUCUCUCUUCAAAACCUCCUCCUUUUUCCUGCAUGUGAUGUUGGUGCCUAUAUGUACCACAACAUCCGGCUGCUCUCUCUCCUCUAGAAUGCUGUGGACCCAAUCUGUGACAUCUCUGACCCAGGCACCUUAGGGGCAACAUACCAUCUGGGUAUUUCUUUCACAUCCACAGAAUCUCCUAUCUGUUCCUCUAACUAUGGAAUCUCUUAUCAUUAUCACUUCCAUUCCCCUCAUCUCCCCUCUUUUCUUCUGAGCCUCAAUGCCAGAAACCCAGAUGCUAUGGCUUCUCCCGGUAGCCCCCCCCCCCCCACUGCCACCGCGCGCGCGCACACACGCACACUCACACUCACACUCCAAAGCGGUAUACAUUUUUUAGGGGAACAGCCACAGGCACUGGAUUCCUGUUCCUUUUCCCUCUCCAGACUGUUACCCAGGUAACUGCCUCCUACAAUUUACGGGUGACUACCUCCCCAUGGUGCCCAUCUAUCAUCUCAUUUUCCAAAAUGAACUGAAUGUCAUUAAACUGCAGUUCUAAUUACCUAACAUGAUUUCGAAGGAGCUGCAGCUUGAUGCACUUCAUGUAGAAGCAGUAAUCAGGGAGACUGGAGGUCUCCCAAAAUUCUCACAUCUUACACAAAGAAUAUAUUGCUAACCCUGGAUCCAUUCUCACAGCACUAGUUAUGUAUUAAUAGGCAGAAAGAGGAAAAAAAAACUUAGUUAUAGCCUCCAUCUGUGCUCGCCCAAGCCUGUUGAAUCAAAGCCUGACCACUCUAACACUGCCCACUCAUACAAUAGCGACUAGCUUACACCUUGCUUUUUAUUGACCUUUGUAAAGUGCCUAAUAGAUCACUAUGAUUGCAGCCUGCCAAAAGGCCCCAGGCUCUUUCUAAACGUCACAUUGCCUCAGCCAAACAAGUGACUCAAGGAUAUUCCUAUCUGCCCUUUAGAGAUGGUGGCUAGAUAUUCUUCAGUUGUAUUAAAACUAAUAUUGAAUCAGCAUGUUCAAAAAGAUUUUACAAAUUAGAACAAAGAAAAUUUCACUCUAUCAAAAUAAACAGAUCUCACAGGCUUUUGCUGGGGACCUCCCGUCACUGUAAUACUGCAGAGCAGUAAUGUCUUUAAUUGCUAUUCUUCGUCUUGUGAUCAUCUGAGUCGAGUAAGAUGUUCUCCUAAGGGGUACUCCAGUUGCUGUGGAGGCCGACCUAGGACCCACAUAUUUUGGUACAUUAUUGACAGGAGUAUUGGGAGUGGUGGCCAUGGUUAGUGGUCAUGUCUUUUGCUUGUUCAUUCUCACCUUUGGCAGCUGCCACUUGUCCUCUGCAGCACAGCAGAAGUCACUAUCAUGUCGUGCAGCUUCCUCUUGUACAGGUUUCUUCUGGGUGCAUCUAUUGAAUGCAAUAUCUUCCCAGUUUUGAAGUGCCUCCAACACUACUUCCUCAACCACUUAUUCAUAUCCACAAUCAUCCUAUUCCUUUCCUGACUAGCAUAUGGUACUGGGAGUAAUCCAGAGAUUACUACCUUGGAGUCCCUUCCCUAACUCCCUAUGCUCAAUGUGCAGAAUAUCUUCCCCUUUUCUACUUAUGUCAUUGGUGUCAAUGUACACUGCAACCUCUGGCUGUUCACCAGCCCUCUUUAGAAUUUUCUGCAGCUGCUGUCAGUUAUCUUGGACCGUAGCACAUGGGAGGCAAUACACCAUCCUGGCUUUACUUUAGCAGCCACAGAGUCUCCCAUCCAAACUCCUAACUACAUGGGUUCAGGAGGCAUUGAUGAAGAGGGUCCUGCAGUCUGAAAUGGUUCUGGAAAUGGAACUGAUGAUCCGGGCGCUUGUCAAUUUGGAGGACCAGAGAGAUGAGGCUUUUGAAAUUUGAGGGUCCUGAAUUCCAUGGUGUAAUUCAUUGCCAAGUAUGUGCUUUGAUGAAAACAAAAUAUCCAAUCUGCCCUCCUUCCACUUCACAGAUAGUUGAAAACCUGGCGCAUCUCAGCGGUGAAUUCCUCAUAUUUAUUGCAAACGGCAGUUUUGUUGUCCCAGUUCACGGUGGCCCAGGUCAGAGCUCACCCAGUCAAGAGAGGCAUGACAGAGGCAAACUUGGCUCGGUCUGUAACUCGCAGAGAUGGCUGGAGCUUUAAGGAUAAGAUGCAUCAGGACUGGAAAUUGGGGCAUCAGGUUGGGGAUCCAUCAAAACAUUCAGGUGUUGGAAUCUGGGGCUCCAAGGGAGAAGGUUGACUGGUGCAAGGUUGCUUUAUUGACUUAAUUUGUAUUAAACAACCCACAAAUUUCAGGAAGUUAAAUGCCUAUGCUUCUCUUGUGCUUCUUCAUCAUACCCCAGCAAACUAUCCAAAGUAACAAGAUUGCUUCCAAGGGUCUGCUUUCUCUCCCACUCACAUGCCCUACAUUACAAUAACAUGUGAGACCAUCUCUGGAAAUUGACACUCAAAAAGGAUUCUUCUUCCCCUUCAUAUCUAAACCCUAUAUUUGUAUUUCUGCCAAGUUCUGUAUUUAAAAAACACCUGUAUUCUUAAGGAACUGCACUAUAUAUUUAACGCAAUAAUCCUGUGAUCCUUUCUGCAAAAUAUUAUUAAAGUUAGAUUGUAUUUUAUUCUGAGCUAACUUUAAAAUCAAUCCUCCCCUUUUUUGAUUAUAUCUUGGACACUUCAGUUAUAUGCUCAACCAUUUUUUGUUGGCUACAGUACUCACAUCUCCCAUGGCCGUGUUUCUUCAUUAAAAACAAUGUACUAUUUAACCAUGUGCUCAAACCUCAAUCUCGACAUUAUCACCUCCUCCCUCCUGCUCUUGCCUGUAUCGACCAUCCCACUUCUUUCUGGAUGUUAUUAAGAUGUCUUCCAGUUCUCUCUUCAUGGCAUGGUUUUCUCCACAUUUUUAAUUUAAUUUUUAAUGAUGUUUUUCAUUUCUCCUUUACUGUAAUUGAUUUGAAUUUCUGCUUCUGCUCAUCGAGUUUCCUCCUUUGCUGAUUUAUCCACUUGCUCAUUCCUUUUGUUACCAACAUGUGCUGGAAUCCACAUAAGCAGGAACAGAGUCCCAUCAUUUUAAGUCUAAGUAAGGUUUAUAUUAUCUCACACAUAAUGCCUAGUCUUGUCUCUAAGUGGAAGUGAUUGUGGUCCCUGAAUCAGAAAACAUCGGUUUCAUUUCCUCCACCCACUGCAAAGCGAAUAGUCCAGCAGUCAUUUCACCUGCAUCCACUGAGAAAUCAUCAUUUAUUUUCCACUACUUUUUAAUGUUAAAUUCAAGCACUACAAAUCCUAUCUCUAAUCUAUUAUUACCAGUUUUGAAGCAUAUUGUAUAUAUUUGUAAAUAUCCAUAAUUAUUAUUAUUUACACAAGAAUCAACUAUAUCUUGAUGUAAAAUCACACCUAAUUUUUUGUCUCCUUUUGAAUAAUUUAAGAUCCACCUCUGGUACUUCACACAGCCAUGGAGGCACCUGAGGAUAAAGCACUGCCUUAAUUAAUAAUUCUUGACCUUAUCGGCUUUUCCUUCAAUAGUCCAUGUGAAACUUAUGAAUUUCUCCAUGCUCUUGGUCUACCCAAUAUGUAAACACAAGUUGUGUUCUCAGUUCCAGAGGUGUUUCUCCCUACUCCACCUGAACUGCAUCCACUGGUGCAGACCUUAUUGCCCUACCGAUUAUCUGUAAUGCUUGACUUUGAAUUAUAUCCAGUUUCUUGAGCAUGCAGUGUGAUGCUGAUCCAUAUGCCAUACUUCUGUAGUCCCAAUAUUGAUAUUAUUAAUCCUACAUAUAUUGCUUUUAAGGAUUUCCUAUCAGUCCUUCAUUUCUUUCCUAUCAAACACCUCAUAACAUGUAGAACUUUCUUACUUUUAGUUAUUAUUUCCUUAGUACGUGUUGACCAUGUAUCUUUUAUCAAACCAUAUUCCUAAAAGUUUAAAGAUAUCCAUACUUUCUUAUUCUAUACAAUAAAGCUUUAGUUUUUAAGUAUUGUCAAACAAGGAUUAACUUCUUCUGAAUUUUUUUUGUGGUAGUUGGCAAUCCAACUUAAAGAUGCAUUACUGCCACCAACUGGACUGGAGUGUGGUGUAGAGAGUUUGGGGGGUGAGGAAGGUAACCUGACUACUCUUUCAAACUAAAGCUAAAUUACAAAAGUCCUAUAGAUUGUAAGUAAUGACAGAUGAUACUGUGAAUUAAAUUAUAGUCACUCCCAUAAAUUAAAGUUUUAAAAUUAAAACUAUCAACUCCCAGGAUUGUAAUGAGGCCUGCAUUUGACUUUUUUCAACCUUGUAUGCCACUUCAACCACUGUAAUAGUAUAUGUUCAACUGUUUCAUAAUGAUAAGAAAACCUGCCCAACCCAGAAUUAUGUUUUCCAACAAGAUGGAGGGAAUAAUUAAGACUAGUAUGCCCAAUUCUAAAUUAUGUCAAAAUAAUUCCUCCCCUUCUUGUUUGACCUUCUUCUUCCAUCAACCCAACAGUCGUCUUUCCUUAUGCCCAUUAUCCCACAGGCCUUGCCUUAACACCCUAAUUCUGAACCCUACCAACCCCUUACCUUUUGAUUUGAUAAGUAAAAGGUCUUUAUCUGUUGUUGAACUUCUAACAGCCCUCUUAACUAAACAAUUAACCCAGUCAUUCCUCUCAACCCUCUGUGUGCAAAGACCCAUAAGAAGAAAACAUAGACCAAGACUUCUAUAUGAGAUAAUGUUUGAUGAGUUUCCAGCAGUAAAUCUGACUACUGCUAGAAUACAGUACCUGGUUUAAGAUUCAUCAAAACUGAAAAGGAAACUGAACAAACUACAGCUUUACAUAGACAAAUUUGCUCCACCUACAGUAAGCCUAAAACGAUGGCAACUAACUCUGCCGACUAUACCAAUAAAUAGUAAGUUGUUUUUUAUUGCUACCUAUAAUUCAGACACAAAAACAGCCACACCAACAUUCCCAGUUAAAGUAUCUUUUGAUCCAUCUGUAAAAGUGGUUAACAGACCAUAAUAAUUUUCCUUAAUAUAUCAAUGAACCAGCAGACUCACAGGAGUAACAAAAUUGUUAGACUUUAUUAAAUCAUGUACCUAAAAUCAACCAAAAACCAAGGUUGGGCUACUGAGAAACAAGGAUUAUGGGUGACAGCUGAAUUUAAAUAGGCUGAAGACGAUGAGUUGGAAUGAGUGACGUGUUGGAAACGAGUGAGAGUGACUCAUGUUAGCUUAGUUGGAGACUGGGAGGAGCCUGCCUGAAGAGAGAAGUAGUGGUUACUUAGUUUAAGAAAAGGGAAUUCCCAGAGUUCAGCAAACAUGUCAUGAAAGUAGAAUUACACAAUCACAUAAAGAUAACAGUGUAGAACUUCUCCAGAGUUCAAAUAGGUUAACUUAAUCUUACCUUCAUUGGGAAUAUACUACAUAUAUAUAUAUAUGGUUAAGUGGCAGUACGAGACCUCAUUCCAUCUGAAGAGCAGACACCGAACAGCCUGCUCCCACCAAAGCAAUGAGAAACUAGGAAAAGAUAACAAUUAAAAGUAAUUCCAUAUGAAAUGUGCCUAUCUUUAUAAAUGAAGAAACUUGUUGGAAACACUUUCAAAAUUAGGCCUCUUAUAAAGUAAAUAGUUCUAAAAUAACCACUGUGUAUUUGACCAACUGACAACUUAGUGCAGAAUUUAUAAAGUGUAGAAUUCUGAAUUUUCCAUCUGGUUUUGCAUAUGCUCUUUAAUUUGGAUGUGAAGGAUGUUUUUUGAGAUCAUCCAGUUUCCUGAGAGAUCUGCUUGAAUGCAAGUAUCCUGGUUAUUUGAAAAUUCGCUUUUUGGAUUGUGCUGGUUCCCAACAUUCUGAAUUUGUGGGCAAGAUAUUAAUCAAAGUUCACUUCUAUACCAAAUAUAUUUAAGGUUUUCUUAACACAUUUGUAGUGUUUGAAGUAGAUAAGGUUGCUUUAUGGGAAGUACUGGCCAGACUAAUAUAAUAGCAAUUAAUUUUCAUUUCUAUAAACUUUUUUUGGCUAAAAUUAGCAUUAAAAUAUUCCAUAAAUCCUCCUUCGACUUACAAAAUUCUAUUUUUCCUGGAAAUCCUGUAAGUGCAAUUUAAGGGUAAUCGAUAGGUCAUGUGUAUGCAUUUGGUAAAUAUAUUACAGACUCCAGACUUGUACACAGGAUUUUACAUCAACAGACAAGAAAAAUUAUUUUAUCAUCUACCUUGAUUUGUGUUCAAUGCCAGCACCUUUUUGCUGAUUUAGUUAGUCCAAUCUUUGUAUCUUAUGGUGAAAAUAUAACUUGUAAAGAUCUUUGAGUUGCAGAAUUAUCAAGUACUGCUCUGUAAAAUUGGCAUGUCCACUGAUUGUGACAUGAUAAUUAUAUUAAAUCUCACAGAUUUCUCUUUAAAUCUGCAAAAGGAUUGAGUUAUCAUUGAAUAAGUCAUUUAAAGAUAGCCUGAUUAAUUUAGAACUCUAGACCAACCUGCUUAUGAUUUGAAAUGAAAUGAUAGUAUGUGACAAACUGUAAAAUAUUGUUGUAUACAUUUUUUGUGUAAAAAUAUGCCUGUUUUGUCAAUAGUUAUCCUAAAUGCCUUCAAAAGAUAUAGGGGAAGAAAGGGUGCAAUACUACAAGAUGGAUUGUAUAUUUUUUAAAGUGGCUUUGCACUCAUUAUUUAAAGCCAGGAAAUCUGUAAACAGGGUUUUAUAGUGAUUCAAAAUAUUAUUUUAUGAAAUAAAAAUGCAUCCUA